ACAAAGGCAGGCCCCUGCCACUCCCACCACUCCCUCUGCCAACCAGAGAGAGAGAGAGGACAGGACGGCUCUCCUUCCACCUUCUGCUUCCACAGUGGCAUUCAUCACUGCAGCUGCACAAGAGAAGGUUGGACUGUUCAGAGGACAGACACUUAUCCCCAGAAGCAUGUUGCUGUGGUCAGUAUGGAGUUUUUUGUUACUUCUGACCACAGUGGACGCUGUGGAGGAUGAAGAUGUCCGAGCAGGGUGCAGCACGGCAGUAAAUGACCUGGUGUAUAUCGUCGAUGGUUCUUGGAGUGUUGGCAUGGAGGACUUUGACACAGCCAAGCAAUGGCUAAUCAACAUCAGCAGCCAGUUUGAUAUCAGCCUUUACUAUACGCAGGUGGCUGUGGUCCAGUACAGCGACACACCUCGAUUGGAGAUCCCCUUAGGGAGUCACUCCAGCGGAGCACAGCUCAUCCAGGCCAUACAAAGCAUUAACUACAUGGGAGGGAACACACAGACUGGCAGGGCCAUCAAGUUUGCUGUGGACCACGUAUUCCCAGCCUCCCAGCGGGCCAGCCAAGUCAAGAACAGAAUCGCAGUGGUUGUCACCGACGGCAAAUCACAGGAUGAUGUGGUUGAUGCAAGUAUGGAGGCACGAGCUCAGGGUAUUACCGUAUUUGCUGUCGGAGUUGGGAGUGAGAUCACCACCUCAGAACUGAUAUCUAUCGCCAAUAAGCCGUCGUCUACGUAUGUCCUCUAUGCUGAGGAUUACACCACUAUCGACCGCCUCAGAGACUCCAUGGAGCAGAAACUGUGUGAAGAAUCUGUUUGCCCCACAAGAAUCCCAGUCGCAUCUCGUGAUGAGAAGGGCUUUGAGCUGCUGCUGGGCAUGAACAUUCAGAAGAAAGCCAAGAAGAUCGCCGGCUCGCUUGUUUCUGAGACAGCCUACGCUCUAAGUACCUCCACAGACAUUACUGAGAACACCAGAGACAUAUUCCCAGAAGGUCUUCCUCCAUCGUAUGUGUUUGUUGCCACUAUACGUCUGAAAGGGACCUCUAGCAAGCUAAUAUUUGACCUAUGGAGGAUUUUGGCAAAGAGUAAGGAAAUCCAGGCUGCAGUAACACUAAAUGGAAAAGACCAGUCUGUCAUCUUCGUUACCACCAGCGUGAGCGGAAAAGAGCAAAGAGUCGUCUUCAAAACAGGCUUCAAGGAUCUGUAUGACGGGAAAUGGCAUCAGCUGAAGCUUCUGGUGAGGCCUCAGCGGGUCGUCGGUUACCUCGACGAUCAAAUGGUCCAAGACUUCCUGCUGAAGCCUGUGGAGCCCAUUUACAUAAACGGGAAGACACAGGUGUCAAAGAGGCGGGGGGCACAUGUCACUGUGCCGGUGGAGAUCCAGAAAAUGCGUUUGUACUGUGACCCGUAUCAAAGUGAGAGAGAAACCGCUUGUGAAAUAUACUCAGUGGAUGAUGAAAGGUGUCCGCUGAAUCGAACAGCCACAGCAGAACAAGACGAGGAAGAAGACUGCAACUGUGCACUUGGCCCACCGGGGCAGCGUGGCCCACCAGGGCGCAUGGUAAUAGACAAACCAAUACAAAGAGCCUUUCCUCUGCUGGGCAGGGUGAUGAAGGCCCCCAAGGACUAA